AUGGGUUGUGUUUGCAUGAAGCAGAGACUUAAAUGUGAAAACUUAGCAGUUCUUGCUUCUCAAACCUGCUUUAAGGUAAAUGAGAUUAAAUCUUUGUACGAGUUGUUGAGGAAGUUGAGCAGUUCUAUAGUUGAUGAUGGCCUUAUAAGCAAAGUCUUCCAUAUGUUUGACACGAAACGUGAUGGGGUGAUAGAAUUCGAAGAGUUUGUUCGAUGUCUGAGUGUAUUCCACCUGGAAGCACCCCAAGCAGAGAAGGCUAAUACAAGCUUCAUCGAACGCAAAAAGGUGAAAGAAAUGGUUCUCGAGCUUUUGAAAGAGUCGGACUUGAUCCUGUCUAAUGACAGUGUUGAAGUGAUAAUUGAUAAGACAUUUGAGGAAGCAGACUUAAAGGGAGACGAAAAGAUUGAUCUCAAAGAGUGGAAUGAGCUCGUGAAUUGCAAUCCGUCCUUAUUGAAGAACAUGACAAUUCCAUACCUCAAGUAUUUCCACCUUUACCAAUAUCUAAUUUUAUGUUUCAUUACAAUUCAAGUAAAACCUUACAACCAUCAAAACGCUAUGUCAAAGCUGAUAGAAUUUUUCAUUCAAUGCAAGGACAUCAUAACCUCAUUUCCUAGUUUCGUGAUGAAAACAGACAAUGAAGACAGCAAUAACAUCUACCUCUAA